AUGUCUCUUGACGAAGAUACUCCGAUAGAUCUGCCAGAUGAGGACGACUAUAGCGCUGUGGAAAGAAGUGGUAAGAGUUUGAUUGGACGUCUUUUAAACCCUGAUUGUCAGAAUAUGGCUCGAAUGCUUCGAAUGAUGCCGAGAAUAUGGAAGGUCUAUGAAAGAGUGAAAGGAAUCGCUUUAACAAGGGAAAGUUUUCAAUUCAUCUUCGACUUGGAGACGGAUAUCAAGACAGUAAUGAAGCAGGGUAUAUGGGAUUUCGAUGAUUGGGGAGUGGUUAUGGACAGAUGGGUGGAAACCCCUCCUGCAAAUUUUCUCAAGACGGCACCAGUUUGGAUUCGUAUUCAUAAAAUACCAGUUAACUAUUUCACUCUCAAAACCAUUGAGAGAAUAGCGGACCGAAUUGGUAAAGUUGUAACAAUUGAAUAUGACCCGGAGAAAUCAGUGUUACAAGCUUUCGUAAGAGUUUUAGUCAUCCUGGAUCUGGAACAACCUGUUCGAGAGACGAAAACGGUUAAUCUUCCCAGAGGAGGUGUGGAAACGGUAGAGAUAAAAUAUGAACGUCUGGUGAAGAAGUGUUUCAACUGUUUUCGUUUAACUCACGAGAAAGCAAAAUGCCCUUUGCUGCUCAACCAGAAGAAUCGUGGUGUAUCGGAGACUUUGAAGAGGUCUGAAAUUACUCAAAAUGGAAACCUGCAGAGACAACAUCACAACAACCUCGCUGAUCAGAUCAUGCCUUAUCUGAUUCCAUCAGCCCCCCCAGGGUUCGCACCAAGACCAAAUGUAGUAGCUCCAGAAGUCUUUGAUCAAAUGCGUAUCUACAUGAACAGUGGUGAUCCGAAUGACAGAUAUAUCAGGGAAAUGAGAAUGAAGCAGACUCUCGAUGAUCUGUCAAAGGAUCCGGUGGCACAACGAUCUUACCUUAGACUUGAAGCUCCGCCCAAGGUUGUCGGUAUCUCAGAAUCAAAUGCUGAAACAAUCAUGUCCCACGAUACCAACAAAAUGGGUCCAAUGCGGUUUCAAGGAACAUCAUUAGCGGAGAGUGGAGGUCAACCAAACUCCCAAAGAGCACAUGAUACCGUAAAUCCAAAUCCAGUGAACACGAUGGUUCCUGGCGAUCAGGUGACAAAGGGGAGAACAUGCGUGGAAGAAAUGGUCAAUACGGGUAUAAAGCAGAAAGACCCACCUGGAAACGAUAAAAUGGAUGGUGUUAACAUGGAGGGCAUUGUGAAUUUCGUCCCACACUGUGAUAAUACUGGCCCUGAUCCAGUCCCAAACUGUGAACUGGUCUUCAAAAUUGGAACGAGCACGGAGAGUUCAACGGGUACAAACAGUCGAAACAAGGGAUCUAAGCAGAGAAACGCAACGUGGGCAAGAAAACCGCGUGGAAGCAAAGCUCAGAAUGGAUCCUCACAAAAUGAGACAGAGGUAGAAACAGAACACGGAGUGGAACACACGAGUAAACGCAAGGCAACUGCAAGAGAGGGAGUGUCCACGAAGAUGUCCAAACAAGCUGAAGGUUUGAUGGUUCACCAGAAACCAUCCAAUCCUCAAUGA